AUGGCCCAGGAAGUUGAAAUCACAAAGCAAUACAGCGCAAUGAGAAUAGAGGGCUUGUCAUUUGGUCCACAAGAAUUAUUGUUCUGGCUGCAAACCUCUCGGGAUGAAGAAGCCGGGGCGGCCGCUUCUACUGGUGAUGGUAAAAAAAGAAGGCCUUCGCAGCGAAGUUGUUUAUUAGAGAAACGACAACAAGAACAGCUAAAGACUAUUGGACAGGGGGCGAAACGCCCAUAUGCAUCUUGA